AUGUCUUCAAGCUCCAUCAGUAAAAGGAUUUACAUACCCAAGUAUUACGCUGAUGUAAAUAUUCAUAAGCCGAAAGAGUAUUAUGAUUACGACAAUUUGGAGUUACAAUGGAACAAACCCAAUCGGUACGAAAUUAUGAAGAAGAUAGGUAGGGGUAAAUACAGCGAAGUGUUCAAUGGGUAUGACACGGAGUAUAAUAGACCCUGCGCAAUAAAAGUGUUAAAACCGGUGAAGAAAAAAAAAAUAAAAAGAGAAAUAAAAAUUCUUCAAAAUUUACAUGGAGGACCAAAUAUCAUCAAGCUGUUAGACAUUGUGAAGGAUCCAGUCACGAAAACUCCUUCCCUCAUUUUUGAAUAUAUUAAUAAUAUUGAUUUUAAGACCCUGUACCCAAAAUUCACAGACAAAGAUAUACGUUAUUAUAUAUAUCAGAUUUUAAAGGCCUUAGAUUAUUGCCACAGCCAGGGCAUCAUGCAUAGGGACGUGAAGCCACACAACAUCAUGAUUGAUCAUGAGAAUAAGCAAAUUAGACUGAUCGACUGGGGACUAGCUGAAUUUUAUCACCCUGGACAAGAGUAUAAUGUCAGAGUAGCUAGCCGAUAUUACAAAGGACCUGAACUUCUUAUCGACUUGCAACUCUACGACUACUCAUUAGACAUUUGGAGUUUAGGAUGUAUGUUGGCUGGCAUGAUAUUUAAAAAGGAACCUUUUUUUUGUGGCCAUGAUAAUUACGAUCAGCUUGUAAAAAUUGCUAAAGUGUUAGGCACUGAUGAUCUUCAUGCUUACUUAAAAAAAUAUAAUAUUAAAUUGAAGCCACAUUAUUUAAAUAUACUUGGGGAAUAUGAAAGGAAACCAUGGUCCCACUUCCUUACUCAGUCCAACAUGGACAUCGCCAAGGAUGAAGUCAUUGACCUCAUUGACAAGAUGCUUAUUUAUGACCAUGCCAAGAGGAUUACUCCGAAGGAAGCCAUGGAACACCCUUACUUCAACGAGGUGCGCGAGGAGUCCUGA